AUGUUGAAAACUGCAGCCACCUUUCAACUGCUGUGCAACUUCCAACUUUUAUCAUUUGAGUCAAAGGCAUCUGCCUAUGAGUUCUAUCACUCACUAGUUCGUCUGACAGAUAAUACAGACUGUUACAAUGUGUUCUUACAAAUGGUUCAUGAGUGGCAACAUCUUAAGAUUGUGAAACACUUCGGUCAUGGACAUGAAGUGAGCGGCAUUGAUGGCACAUCGCAAGGCGAAUGUGUCGUUAUCUGUCCAGCUUGUCCCCAGCCUGGUAAGGAUUUGCACGAUGGCUGGGCACUUGCAACAAAAGCGAACUGUUGGUUGUACGCCACCUUUUUGGCCAUUGAUGUCAACUUUCAUUUAAAAAGACACAAUGUAUUGAGCAAUGAGACAGACCCUAGUAUGUCUACAGGGUGGUCAUAUUUUGUGGAGGAGACCGACUACAAGUCCUAUCUAGCCCAACAUUUGGGAGAAGCACAGGAGGUACACGACCCUGAUUUACUUUCUUGCAUGCUUCUGACACCGUUUCACAGAAAAGCACAUGCUCCAGUCACAAUGCUGAAAUAA